CUUCCGAGCUCACACUGCCCCAAGUCGAAACCCUAGAAUCCCAAAGAAGCUAAUGCAAGGUUGACAUUGAAGAGAAGACAUGGAGUUCAACGAAUCGCAAGAUCUGAAAAAUCUGAAAGUUGCUUUUCAUCAUGCUACAAAGGAUGAUGUGAUAAUUCACAAUAUUAGAUUGCCUAAACAGAGUACUGUUGGAGAUGUGAUUAAUGAACUUAAGACAAAGGUUGAGUUGUCUCAUCCAAAUGCAGAACUUAGACUGCUUGAAGUUUUCUAUCACAAGAUUUAUAAGAUCUUUCCACCCAGUGAAAAAAUCGAGAAUAUAAAUGACCAAUACUGGACACUCCGUGCAGAGGAGAUUCCAGAAGAAGAGAAGAAUCUUGGUCCCCAUGAUCGCUUGAUUCAUGUUUACCACUUCACAAAGGAGACUGUACAGAAUCAGAUGCAAGUACAAAAUUUUGGUGAACCCUUUUUCUUGAUCAUCCAUGAAGGCGAAACUCUUGCUGAAGUUAAAGAGCGCAUACAAAAGAAAUUGCAGGUUCCGGAUGAGGAAUUUUCAAAGUGGAAGUUUGCUUUUCUAUCACUGGGUCGUCCAGAGUACCUGCAGGAUUCUCACAUUGUGUCCAGCCGUUUUCAGACAAGAGAUGUUUAUGGUGCUUGGGAACAGUACCUUGGGCUGGAGCACUCUGAUACUGCUCCUAAAAGGGCUUAUGCAGCAAAUCAGGUUGUGCAUUUUCGAGCUUUGGAGAGACCUAAGGAGGAUGAUUUCUGUCUAGAGUUGUCAAAGCUACACAAUUAUGAUGAUGUUGUGGAAAGAGUGGCUCGUAGACUUGGUUUGGAUGAUCCAUCCAAAAUCAGACUUACAUCUCACAACUGCUAUUCCCAGCAACCUAAGCCCCAACCAAUUAAAUAUCGAGGUGUAGAGCAUUUGUCAGACAUGCUUGUGCAUUACAAUCAGAGUUCUGAUAUUUUAUAUUAUGAAGUUCUAGACAUCCCUCUUCCAGAAUUGCAAGGUUGGAAAAAUCUGAAAGUUGCUUUUCAUCAUGCUACAAAGGAUGAUGUGAUAAUUCACAAUAUUAGAUUGCCUAAACAGAGUACUGUUGGAGAUGUGAUUAAUGAACUUAAGACAAAGGUUGAGUUGUCUCAUCCAAAUGCAGAACUUAGACUGCUUGAAGUUUUCUCUCACAAGAUUUAUAAGAUCUUUCCACCCAGUGAAAAAAUCGAGAAUAUAAAUGACCAAUACUGGACACUCCGUGCAGAGGAGAUUCCAGAAGAAGAGAAGAAUCUUGGUCCCCAUGAUCGCUUGAUUCAUGUUUACCACUUCACAAAGGAGACUGUACAGAAUCAGAUGCAAGUACAAAAUUUUGGUGAACCCUUUUUCUUGAUCAUCCAUGAAGGCGAAACUCUUGCUGAAGUUAAAGAGCGCAUACAAAAGAAAUUGCAGGUUCCGGAUGAGGAAUUUUCAAAGUGGAAGUUUGCUUUUCUAUCACUGGGUCGUCCAGAGUACCUGCAGGAUUCUCACAUUGUGUCCAGCCGUUUUCAGACAAGAGAUGUUUAUGGUGCUUGGGAACAGUACCUUGGGCUGGAGCACUCUGAUACUGCUCCUAAAAGGGCUUAUGCAGCAAAUCAGUGUUCGAAGACUGACGGCACCCAAUCUAAUAGAUUAUUAAAGAGAGAAUAACAGCAAUUUCUACACAGAUUGGUUUAAAACCUUAUUUGCACUCAGAUGCCUGAAUUCUCGACUUGGCUCAGGAGUCUGGUAGCCAACGCUCUGGGGUGCGAAAGUAAUAACCUUGUUAGAUUGGUUUUUGAGAUGGGAUUGGCACCAUAUAUCUUUUGUCAUACAAUUCUUGAUAAAAUCUGCGGUUUAUAUUUGCAUCCAUCAAUAAAAUGUCUUUACACAUCCAUUUUGAAACAUAAA